AUGGCCACCUCGCAGCCUCCGCGCUCCAGCAAGACACAGUCCAGCAGUCCAGCAAGUCCAGUCGCCUUCCCCAGUACUGCAGAGCUCAUCUCCCGUCCCGAGGCUGUCGCCACCACCAAAAACCCCACGCCUCACGCCACUGGUGCCCACCGAAUCCUCCAUCCGCAACCACCCACAAUGUUGGAUCCUCAAUCCGCUCCUUUCGCGCUGUCAGCGCUUGGUCAGACUCCCUCCCCGCAGACCCCGCGCCCGCAGCUCACAACCGCCUCGCCUGCCCCGCCGCGCCGCCGCCGCUGCCACCGUGGAAAACGUGGAACCCGCCGCCGCCGCACCGACAUCAGCCAAGCGCUCUCAGAGACUCCAGCUGCGGCACGGCUCUCCGGUCUCAGUGAAUCAGCGCCCGCACCGCUGACCUAUCCCAAUGGCGCGCGCCGGCUCCCCAGCGGCCUCGCUUGUGGCAUCGGCCCUGUCGUUUGGGAUGGCUUCGCGAGUGGUCUCACGCCGGCGGCUGCUUGGUUUGCGAAUGAGAUGGUUAGAAUUAUGGAGGCGGAGGCGGAGGCGGAGAAAGAGAGGGGGGGGGGAAGGGGAGGGGGAGGGGCAGGAAGUAGGGCUGCGAGAGUCGGAGUUAUAGAGGUGGGAAACAUGGAAUGA